AAAAAAUAGUCUUUUGAGUCUCUUUCUCUCUCUCUCAUUAUUUAUACAAUCUGAAAUCGGAGAGCCCAUCUUUCUUAUCCCCACUUUCUUUUUAACCCCCCUUUCCCAGUUGCCAUCUUUUUUGAAUCUAACUUUAGGUUCAUGAUUAAAGCCCACUUCCUCUCAAAGCUCAGAUUCAAGGAAAAAGGAUAUAAAGUGCAUGGAAUCAUUGAUCUUUCAAGGGGUUUAACCAAGAACCACAAGGAAAGAAACUGUUCUCUAUCCUAAUCAGGAAUUAUUUGCUGUCACCAAACUUGCCUUCCUAUUUUAUUUGAGAGUUUUCAAAUUCUGUGUUUGUUUCAUCAUACACCAUGCCUAUAAGGCAGAUGAAGGAAAGUUCAGAGCAACACUUUGUCAUAAAACCCCAGCUGCAAAACUCCAUGAAUUCAGCUUCAAAAAGCUCAAAGACUGCUCAAAAUGGGAAAGGUCCUCCUGUGCAAGAAUCCCAAAACAAGCAGACCUCACCUCCAUCAAGAAACAGAGGAAGAAGAAGGGGCCGGGGAGGCCGAAAAUCGGACCAAGGCGAUGCCUUUAUGCGACCGAGCUCGCGGCCAUGCACGGUAGCUGAUAAACCAAUUGUUAGGGAGAAUGGUAGAACCAUUGUGCCAGCUUUGUCCAACAAUGUCUCAGUUGGAAAUGGAGGCAGCUUGUGUGAAUCAGACAUGGGAUAUCCUAGCUCGAGCAAGUCCCUGACAUUCCCAUUGAGGCCGGGGUUUGGGCAGAUCGGAACAAAAUGCAUUGUCAAGGCCAACCAUUUCUUUGCAGAUUUGCCAGACAAGGAUUUGAACCACUAUGAUGUAACGAUCACCCCCGAGGUGACUUCUAAAGUAGUGAAUCGAGCCAUCAUGGCGGAGCUCGUGAAACUGUACAAAGAAUCUGAGUUGGGGAUGAGGUUACCAGCCUACGAUGGAAGGAAGAGUCUGUAUACAGCUGGUGAACUUCCGUUUGCUUGGAAGGAGUUUACGAUUAAGCUUAUUGAUGAAGAGGAUACUGUCAAUGGUCCCAAGAGAGAAAGGGUGUAUAAGGUAGUGAUUAAGUUUGUUGCGAAGGCAAGCUUGCAUCAUUUGGGCCAAUUCCUUGCUGGUAAACAGGCGGAUGGUCCGAGAGAUGCUCUUCAGAUUCUUGACAUUGUGUUGAGAGAGCUCUCGAUGAAAAGAUUCUGCCCUGUGGGGAGAUCGUUCUUUUCUCCUGAUAUUCGUAGACCACAAAAGCUAGGUGAUGGUUUAGAGGCAUGGUGUGGAUUUUAUCAGAGCAUAAGGCCUACUCAGAUGGGUCUGUCACUAAACAUAGAUAUGGCUUCAGCUGCAUUUAUUGAGGCACUUCCAGUAAUUGAAUUUGUUGCCCAACUGUUGGGGAAAGAUGUCAUGUCGAGGCCAUUGUCUGAUUCAGACCGUGUGAAGGUAAAGAAGGGCCUAAGAGGAGUGAAAGUUGAAGUGACCCACAGAGGGGAUGUCCGAAGAAAAUAUCGAGUUUCAGGCAUCACAACUCAACCAACUAGAGAGCUAGUAUUUCCAGUUGAUGAUAACUCGACUAUGAAGUCAGUUGUUGAAUAUUUUCAAGAGAUGUAUGGAUUUACGAUUCAGUAUACUCAUCUGCCUUGCCUUCAAGUAGGAAACCAGAAGAAGGCAAACUAUUUGCCUAUGGAGGCAUGUAAAAUCGUUGAGGGCCAAAGGUAUACCAAGAGGUUGAGCGAGAAACAAAUCACCUCCCUUUUAAAGGUCACUUGCCAAAGACCAAGGGACCGGGAAAAUGACAUACUACAGACUGUCCAACACAAUGGCUACGAUCAGGAUCCUUAUGCCAAGGAGUUCGGAAUUAGGAUCAGUGAGAAACUGGCAACGGUGGAGGCGAGAGUUCUCCCUGCCCCAUGGUUGAAAUAUCACGAGACUGGAAAGGAAAAGGAUUGCCUUCCGCAAGUUGGCCAGUGGAAUAUGAUGAACAAGAAAAUGAUUAAUGGCAUGACUGUUAGCCGGUGGGCAUGCAUUAACUUCUCACGAAGUGUUCAAGACAGCGUUGCUCGAGGAUUCUGUAAUGAGCUGGCCCAAAUGUGUCAAGUAUCCGGCAUGGAAUUUAGUCCAGAACCUGUUAUUCCUUUCUACAAUGCUCGUCCAGAUCAAGUCGAGAAAGCUUUGAAACAUGUUUAUCAUGCAUGUAUGAACAAGCUGAAAGGAAAAGAGUUGGAUCUUCUGUUGGCUAUUCUGCCUGACAACAACGGGUCCCUAUAUGGUGAUCUGAAGAGAAUAUGUGAAACUGACCUUGGUUUGAUAUCCCAAUGCUGUUUGACGAAGCAUGUUUUCAAGAUGAACAAGCAAUACUUGGCAAACGUAUCGUUGAAAAUAAAUGUUAAGAUGGGUGGCAGAAACACGGUUCUUUUGGAUGCUAUUAGCUGCCGAAUACCUCUUGUCAGUGACAUACCAACAAUUAUAUUCGGAGCAGAUGUGACACAUCCUGAAAAUGGAGAGGAAUCCAGUCCUUCCAUUGCAGCUGUUGUAGCAUCUCAAGAUUGGCCCGAGGUGACGAAGUAUGCAGGAUUGGUUUGUGCUCAAGCUCACCGACAAGAGUUGAUCCAAGAUUUGUACAAGACUUGGCAAGAUCCUCUUCGUGGCACAGUCAGCGGAGGCAUGGUCAGGGAUCUUUUGGUUUCUUUUCGGAAAGCAACUGGUCAAAAACCACAGAGGAUUAUAUUUUACAGGGAUGGUGUGAGUGAAGGGCAAUUUUACCAAGUGCUACUGUUUGAGUUGGAUGCUAUACGAAAAGCGUGUGCAUCGUUGGAGCCAAAUUACCAACCACCAGUGACAUUUAUCAUAGUUCAGAAGCGACACCAUACGAGACUGUUUGCAAACAAUCACAGAGACAAGAGCAGCACUGACAGGAGCGGAAAUAUUUUACCAGGCACUGUUGUUGAUUCUAAAAUCUGCCAUCCAACCGAAUUCGACUUCUAUUUAUGUAGUCAUGCAGGAAUUCAGGGAACGAGCCGGCCUGCACAUUAUCAUGUACUCUGGGACGAGAACAAUUUCACUGCAGACGGGAUUCAGAUGUUGACGAACAACCUCUGUUAUACAUACGCUAGGUGCACGCGUUCAGUAUCAGUCGUUCCUCCGGCUUACUAUGCUCAUUUGGCGGCUUUCCGGGCAAGAUUUUACAUGGAACCGGACUUGCAGGAAGGCUCACGAGUGGCGGGAGAGUUGGGUGUUCGUCCCCUACCGGCCCUCAAAGAAAAUGUAAAGAGAGUCAUGUUUUACUGUUGAAGGAAGCAGCAGGUGAAGUAGUAGCUAGGGUUUAGUAGUGAUGAGGGUUUUUAAGCAUGCAUAGCAAAUUAAGGCCUUUCUUUGUAAAUGUUUGAUGUAAAAAUGCUUGCAGCUUUUUAUCCUCCUCUAGUGAUCAGUGAUGUAAAAAAUGGCUAGCAGUAGUUUCUGCUGAUAAUAACCAUUCUGGAAACUUUUUAAUUCA